AUGGACAACGACACUACCGAUACUACUGCAUACUAUACGACCGGUCCAGCUUCUACCGUUUCUUUCGAUACCACCAGCUCUAACAUGGUUGAUACAGGAGCCGGAUCGGAACAAUCUAAAAAGGAAAGACGACAUGGUGGGGGGACUCCCAAAACUCGUUGUGAAAGAUGUACGACGAAACAUUUGAAAUGCGAUUCAACAAGUCAGGAUGGCGCCUCGUCGUGUACUCAUUGUGAUACAGCGUGGGAACCCUGCAGUUUCUGUCCAGAGGAGUUUAAAGAGGUUUUGGCAAAGUGGCAAAAGGAAAAUGCCCCGGCUAAAGUGAAGAAGACAAGAAGCUCGAAAGCUUGUGAUGAAUGUUAUAAAGAUAAGAAGAAUCCCAAAUGUGAAUUCCUUCCAGAUGGAAGCUCAUCAUGUACCCGCUGUACCAAGUUGAAAAGAAGCUGUACAUUCCAAAUCAAACGUCAGAGAGGUACAUGGGGAGAGUUGAUGGGCUGCCCAGCAGAUGUCUCAUCAACUCAGUGCCCUAAUGUGAUCGCGGAAAAUCGAAAUACUGAGGGGAUAGGGCCGAUGGACCUGUCCAUGUACGACUCAGGAGCUGCAUUCCAGUCGACUGAGUGUAAUACCAUGCUGGAGAUGUUGCCCACAAACGAACGUCAAGGACAGCUCAAUACGUUUCCGGACCCCAGUCUGAGUACGUCUAUGAUAUCCUGGGAGACAAUCAGGCCAGCUGUACCAGACGAUGCUUUGUUCGACGGUUUUGACGAGGAUGAUAUGGAUACCUACCUAGUACAAGUCUUUUGCCGAGCAAGGUCUAUGGACAACAUGUAA